AUGUGUCCUCAACCCGAAGAAACACCUGCUACCAACGGCCAUAGCAAUGGCACCAACGGCGCCAACGGCAACAAGGAAGGCUUCACAGGCGUUCAGACCAGACAGAACCCUCACCCUUCGCACAAGAGCCCAUACGCGCCCGUUGGCGACUUCUUGUCAAAUGUUGGCCGAUUCAAGAUUAUCGAGAGCACACUGAGAGAGGGCGAGCAAUUCGCCAACGCCUACUUCGAUCUCGAGGCCAAGAUCAAGAUUGCCAAAGCUCUUGACAACUUUGGUGUUGACUACAUUGAAGUUACCAGCCCUGCUGCCUCUGAGCAGUCAAGAAGGGACUGUGAAGCUCUUUGCAAGCUCGGAUUGAAAGCCAAGAUCCUUACUCACGUACGAUGCCACAUGGACGAUGCCCGAAUCGCUGUCGAGACUGGUGUCGAUGGUCUCGAUGUCGUCAUCGGAACCUCGGCGUACCUCCGCGAGCACAGCCACGGCAAGGACAUGACAUACAUCAAGAACACAGCGCUCGAGGUCAUCGAGUUCGUCAAGAGCAAGGGCAAGGAGAUCCGAUUCAGCUCUGAGGACUCGUUCCGUUCAGACCUCGUCGACCUUCUGUCCAUCUACAGCGCUGUCGACAAGGUUGGCGUCGACCGUGUUGGUAUCGCUGAUACCGUUGGUUGCGCAUCUCCUCGUCAGGUAUACGACCUCGUACGAACUCUUCGUGGUGUCGUUUCUUGCGACAUUGAGACACAUUUCCACAACGACUCUGGUUGCGCCAUUGCGAACGCUUUCUGCGCGCUAGAGGCUGGUGCCACUCACAUCGAUACCUCCGUACUUGGUAUUGGUGAGCGUAAUGGAAUCACCCCUCUUGGAGGUCUCAUGGCCCGCAUGAUCGUUGCGGACCGCGAAUAUGUCACCAGCAAGUACAACAUCAAGGCUCUCAAGGAGGUUGAGGACCUGGUUGCCGAUCUUGUUGAGGUCAACAUUCCCUUCAACAACUACAUCACCGGAUUCUGUGCUUUCACCCACAAGGCUGGUAUCCACGCUAAGGCCAUUCUCAACAACCCUUCGACAUACGAGAUUAUCAACCCUCAAGAUUUCGGCAUGUCCCGAUACGUACACUUUGCCAGCAGGCUUACUGGAUGGAACGCGAUCAAGAGCCGUGCUGAGCAGCUUGGCUUGAAGAUGACCGACGCGCAGUACAAGGAGUGCACUUCCAAGAUCAAGGCUAUUGCGGACAUCCGCAAGAUUGCUCUUGACGACACCGACUCGAUCAUCCGUACCUACCACAACAACCUUCACGCUAAGGAGGAGGUACCCCUUCUUCCUGGUAUGACCGAGGAAGAGAAGAAGAAGUUCGCUCAGGCUGAGGCCGAGCUGAACGGCGUCUCAGAGAAGCGGGAGCUUGAUGCUACCGCCGAUGCACAGGCCGAGGUGCCUGUUGCCAAGAAGAACAAGACUGCCACUGUGGCUUAA